AUGGAGCUCUCCCCUAUCCUACACUUUCUCUUCUGUCAAUGCUACCAGACUGCAACAAUACCCACAUUUUGGCAAACUGCAACCGUCAUCCCAGUACCGAAUAAAUCCAGACCCGCAGAACUCAACCAUUACCGCGUCAUAGCCCUCACAUCCAUAAUUAUGAAGUGCCUGGAGAAACUGCUGCUCCAUAUCAUCUUUCCAGUUGUCACCCCACACCUGGACCCCCUCCAAUUUGCCUACAGGACCAGGAGGGGUACAAAGGAUGCUGUGGCCUGCCUGCUGCAUCUCCUCCUCCAGCAUCUGGACUUUCUAGGCAACUUUGCCAGGAUCCUCUUUGUGGACUUCAGCUCCGCCUUCAACUCCCUACAGAAGCAUCUACUGAUCCAGAAACUACACCAUCUCAACAUCCCCCCUCAGCUGAUCCACCUCACCCACAACUUCCUCACCAACCGACUGCAAGCAGUUGUGAUUCACACGCUGCAGUAUUUCACCACUGCAUCCUCUCAAGUUCCAAACUUCCCAGAGUAUGUGGAGGUUGGUUAUGUUGAUGAAGUUGAGAUGAGUUACUAUGACAGCAACAUCAGGAAAACAGAAUCCAAACAGGACUGGAUGAACAAAAUCACAGCAGAGGAUCCAAACUACUGGCAGAUAGAAACAGAGAUCAAUGUUGUUAAAGAACAUGUCCUCAAAGACAACAUUGAAAUACUUAAGAAGCGUUUCAACCAAACUGGAGGUGUUCACACUUACCAGGUGAUGUCAGGAUGUGAAUGGAAUGAUGAGACUGAUGAGGUUAAAGGUUGGUUACAGAUCAGUUAUGAUGAAGAUUUCAUAUCGUUGGACAUGAAGACAUGGACAUGGACCGCAGCAAAACAACAAGCUUUCCCCACCAAACUCAAGUGGGACCAAGAAAUAUCUAGACUGGACUACUAUAAGUAUUAUUACACUGAGCUAUGUCCUUCUUACUUGAAGAAGUAUGUGGAGUAUGGGAAGAAGGUCCUAAUGAGAACAGAGCUUCCAGAGGUGUUCCUCCUCCAGAAGACGCCAUCCUCUCCGGUCAGCUGCAUGGCGACAGGUUUCUACCCCGACCGAGCCGACUUGUUUUGGAGGAAAGACGGCGAGCAGAUCUUGGAGGACGUGGAGCACGGAGAGCUGCUCCCCAACCACGACGGAACCUUCCAGCUGUCUGUGGAGCUGAAAGUGGAGGUGACGGCCAAGGUGGAGGGCAAGUACGAAUGUGUGUUCCAGCUGUCUGGCGUCAAGGAGGACCUGGUCACCAAGCUGGAGAGAAAAAGCAUCCUGAGCAACGCAAGCCAUGAAGGUGUCAAACAAAUCAAUCAUACCAUACCAACAGGCAACGUGAGCGUCACUGCCACGCUGGCGGUCCUCGCUGUGGUGGUCCUCCUGGCGGCCCCCAUCAUCAUCAUCAUAUUCACCAUCAAGCGUCGCCGAAGCAGACAAGCCCAAUACGAUCCAGCUGCUGGUGACGGUGGUAACGAGCUCUCAGAGAGACGUGCAGGCUGAAGGCUGAGUGACACACAGCAGUCGGCACACAGUGAGGACUUUGCUUUUUCACGCACCUCCAAAUGUUCUUCUGACUUUGUGUGAAGAUGAUGUUCACUCUGCCACAUGCUAACAUCUGCACUUGGAUUCACCUGCUUUUGUUGGGAAUGUGCUGAGUCAUCUUCUUCCUCCAGCAUGCUUUGUGCACUGGAACACAGAGAGAUGUCUCCAUCGCUGAGGGACCUCAUCACACUUGGACUUUUCUUUCACAUCUGCACAAAUUGCUCCUCAUCUUACAUGAUGUCUUCUUUGGCUGUUUAUGGCUGAGAAAACAGCUUCAAUCUGCAUUUUCCAACAAUAUUUUGCCAGUGAAUCAUGUUGAUGUUGAUCUUUGUGUCCAUGUAGUUGUGAUGUCAUCAUUUGGGGCUCAUGUGUCAUCACAUUGACAAGGAUUUCUUCUUUCCUUUUCAAACCAAUAGACAGCUGCUUAUCAGCGAAUAUCACCUUGUGUCACAUCUCAUCAUUAUUUUUACACAUAUUUUGGAACAAUAGUACCAUUUUUAAGUACUUUUGUAUGUUAAUGUUAAUUGUUUUUUAUGUAACAUUUAAGAACGAUGAUUAUGAGAACUGCUGUCCAGUUGUUAUAUCUUGUUUUCUGAUUACAUUAGUCUCAUUUGCAAUAAAGUUGCACUUCCAAGACCAUUAGAUGGCAGCACUGUAUAACUAUUUAUGGUAUGUUGUCAAACUAGAAAUUAUCUUUUUUCCAGGAAAACAAAUUUGUUAGGUUGCGCCCUACAAAGUGUCAAUACUGUAAGAAUUGUCCUCCUAACACAAAACUGUAACUAUAAUUUUAGUUGUCGUUUCCUUUACCAAAUUCCAAGGUGUUGAAAUUGCCAUGUAAAAUCGCUCAUGUUAAUAGUAGCCUGUCUAUGGCAAAUCCUAUGUAAAUUAGCAAUAAGCUAGAGCAUUUUGGAAGAGUGUCGCAUUACUUUACGUUUGCGCUGUUUUUAUUAAGCACACUGUGUUGGUGUUGAAAAUGGCAACAUGACUUAGAGGGAGUUUUGCUGAGUCCGGCCUGAGUGCUGCUUGAGUGAUAGUUUACGUGAGCCCGUGUUUAGUCUGAAAGCAGACAUGACCUCACAUGCAACAAAGGUAUCGAACUACGGCACAGUUUAAUUUUAGGUGAAUUGAUAGUACCAAGGGAAUUCGGUCAUUACCUACAAAAGUACUGAACUUGGUAGCCAACCCUACCAGUUAGUGUGACAGAGGGGGACAGUGACACAAUAAUUUUAUGACAAAGUGUUGCGAAAUAUUUUUUGUUUUUUAAACAAUUUGCUGUAUUUCCGUUCCUUUUUGCAUAGUCAUAUUUUUGCUUGAUUGCCAAACAUGCCGAGGAUGUCAUUUGGGAAGUAAACAAGACCUCGAUGAAGAACAUCAACUCUAUGAGCACAAGGAAGAAGCACAGCCCCUCCACAUUAAAGAGGAAGAAUAGGUAACACAGCCCCCCCACAUUAAAAAGGAAGUGGUGGAGCCACAGUCUUCCCACAUUAAAGAAGAAGCAGCGGAACAAAACAUCAGUCAGGCGGGAGAUCAUUCUGAAGGACUGGUGGAGUUCCCAGUGACUGGUGUCCCUGUGAGGAGUGAAGGUGAUGAGGUCAAAGGUGAAAGUGAGGAGAAGAGAGAGGCGGAGCCUCCAAGCAGCAGCUCAACACAACAAAUGACAACAGAAGCUGAUGGAGACCACUGUGGAGGAUCACAAGCAGACAAACUCUUAGCUCCACUAUCAGAUAGUGAGGACACAACAUCACACUCUCCUGACACUGAUGAUGAAGACUCUAAAGAUGAUAAGACAUGUCACACUGACAACACUCACUUCAAAUGUUCUCUCUGUGACAAAACCUUUAAAUACUAUAGUUAUCUUGAAAGACACAUGAGAACACACACUGGAGAAAAACCUUUUUCUUGUUCAAUCUGUGGCUUAUCUUUUACAAGGAAGGACAAUAUGAAAGAGCACACAAGAACACACACAGGAGAAAAACCUUUUUCGUGUUCUGUGUGUGAUUCAAGGUAUGUCCGAAGUCAAGAUUUGAAAUUACCCCUGAAAAGACACACUGGGGAAAACCUUUUUAAAUGUUCUGUGUGUAAUUUAAGUUUUGUUCGAGGGGAAAAUUUGAAAACCCACAUGAGAACACACACAGGAGAAAAACCUUUUUCUUGUUCAGUGUGUGGUGUAUUUUUUACACAGAAUGCAGGUUUGAAAAGACACAUGAGAACACACACUGGAGUUAAACCUUUUUCCUGUUCAGUCUGUGGAACAGGUUUUGUACACAAGAACAACUUGAAAACACACAUGAUAUUACACACUGGAGAAAAACCUUUUUCCUGUUCAAUCUGUGGCUUAUCUUUCACAAGGAAGGAACAUAUGAAAGAGCACAGAAGAACACACACCGGAGAAAAACAUUUUUCGUCUUCUGUGUGUUAUUCAAGGUAUGCACGAAGUCAAAAUUUGAAAACACACAUGAGGAUACACGCUGACACAAAAGUGUUGAGUUGCAGUGUGUGUGUUGAAAGAUUCUCUCAUGAGUACCAACUUAACAAACACAAGUGUGCUGGUGAGACCAGCAGCAGUAAAAUAGAAGCGCUUCACAGACCUCCACCAGGCCAAAUCUUCCAGUAGUAACUAUCCUUCAAAAGAAGGCUGAAUCCAAAUGAUGAUCAGGAUCAACACCGAAAUUGAAUCAUUUGUUCCUUAUCUAAUUUCUGACAUGUCCUGAAAGUUUCAUUAACAUCUGACUAUAAUUGGUUUUUGUUACGAUUCCAACUAAAUGACAAUCAAACAAACCCCAAAUCACGUUUAGGUAUUUUUCAAUGACUUCAAUAACAAACAUGUAAAUAUGUUUCUUAGUUACACAUCCUGAAAAACAACAUCCAUACAACAGUUUAUAUUUAUUAUUCAUUCUUACUAAUAUGUUUUGGUGUGUACUACUAAUAUGUGUGUACUAACACAUCAAUUUGUAUUUCUGCAAAUAUUUAAGAAGUGAUGAUGAUGUUAUGGUUCAGUGUGCCCCCUCACAGGCUGGCUGUCACCAAAACAAGUCUCCACCAUGGUGGUGCUAGCGGUCCUACUACUUGUACUUGUACACUAUAUAAUAUAAUUAAGCACACCUUUUGUAAGAUAGAUGUUUUUGUGUGUACUUUCAAUUUGAAACCAGCGCUGUAUCCUAUACAUGUGACCUUGUAUAAUAAAAUGUAUGUUUUUUAAAUUUAACAA